AUGGACUCGCCCGACCAGACCAACCUGCCGAGCCGCCUCGAUAUUGUCGCGGACCUGUGGAAAGUCGUCAAGGACGCCGUUGGGGGAAAGUACGCGCGGCUGGUGGACGCGCACAUGGCGGCGUUCCGAGCGACGCUGGCGCUGAAUGAUGGGCACUGCAUGUUCAUGCCGGAGUGCUUCGUUGGGAGCUACGACCUGCCGCUGCCGCUCAUGGCUGUCGUCGAAAACGGGCAGCAGAUCAUCCGCGUUGCGCCAUGCCGAUUUGUCACUCCCCAAGGGAUGGUCCACGUUGCGAAGGUUCUUCACGAUUUUGACUUCAGCCUUUAUGAGGGCCGACAGGUGUACCUGUUGGGCAACAGCACAGCGGUGGUGUGGAUUCACCAGUUCUUUUUCAGCGAGGCAGUGAUGAAGGUGUUGCAGGCCAAUAAGGUGGACCCGGAGAUGUACAUGGUCAUGGAAGUCACCAAGGCCCUCAACACCGCUGCAGCAUCAGUACUCCUCUCCACCUCCUCUUACUCCUUUCCACCUCCUCCUACUCCUCUCCACCUCCCCCUACUCCUCUCCACCUCCCCCUACUCCUCUCCACCUCCCCCCUCUACUAGUCCUCUCCCAUCCCCUUCCUUCCUUCUACUACCCCCUUACGCCUCUCAGAUCAUCAUCAUCACAUACGUGCGUGACAACGGUGGCGGUUCCGUUGCAGCAACGCUCAUGUCCCCCCAUUUGUCCCCCCAUGUGCCCCCCGUGUCCCCCCAUGUGGCCCCCCACGUGUCCCCCCACGUGUCCCCCCAUGUGGCCCCCCACGUGUCCCCCCAUGUGUCCCCCCAUGCGUCUCCCUAUGUGUCCCCCCAUGUGUCCCCCCAUGUGUCUCCCUAUGUCUCCAACGCCUCGCAGAUCAUCAUAGACGUGCGGGGCAACGGGGGCGGGUACACGGCAGCGGGGUACACAGCCAUCCGGCUCCUCAUGGGGGCAGCCAAGGUCCCCGACUCCGACUUCGCCCUGCCAGUGGACGGCAUCAUCGGCACCGUGUACGCCGAGAUCGCCAUCACCGCGCUCUCCAUCGACCCCACCACGCAGUACUUCAUAGGGCUGUAUGCAAACCUCAACGGGACCGGGUUCACCAGCGCCUUUGACUACGCGCCUUUCCGCGAGCUCCGCUUCACGGUGGCUGGCCCAGCAGAGAAAUACUCGGCGCCGUUCAAGUUGAAUAAGCAGUUUACGGGCAAGCAGGAGCAGUCGAUGUUUGGGGAUCGCCUGUUCCUGGUCCUGUCGGAUGGGAAUUGCUUCUCUGCCUGCGCCAUCCUCACGCACAACGCGUCGUUGCCUCUCAAGGUGAAAGGGGCGGUUGGCAUGGCGCUUACUAACGGGUAUGUGGAUUCGAAGAUUCCGUGCGAGUUUGUGUUUCUGCCCAGCCAGCAUCACAUCAACUACACCGUUGAUCUGAUUGGCAAGCCCUGGGCCAUAUGGAGUGAGGUGGCCAAGCUCUUUGACUCAGGUGUAGUAUAG